AUGCAGAACUUGUCAGCAGAAAGUCUUACCAAUACAGACACAUCACACCAGAUGUCUCUGAAAGACCUAGCAGUUGAAGUAGGUGGUAUGUCUCUCAAUGAAAGUGACUGUGACUUGAAUGAAAGGACAAAUAAGGAAGAAACUAUUAAUCUUGAAGUAAUGCAGCAAAGCCUUCCUGUGGUGAACAGCAAAGGGAGAAGUUUGGAGGGCUUUUCUGAGAGCACUUACAGCACCUCAGAGCCCAGCAGUUCCUGGGGGGAAUUUGAAGGCUUUGAGGAGUCCUUAGACAAAUCGGAGAGGUUCAGUCAUAAUCUCGAAGUUUUGGUGAAGUCAACAAAAACUUCUAGAGCUGAUACAGACUUGAGCAGCGGACGUUGUAGCACUUCUGCAGGUCAGUUUUGUUCUGAGCCAUCUCUGCACAGUGGGAUACAGGAGUCUUCCAGCUCUUCAAAUGAGGCAAAUCACAGCUAUGAGGAUAUAUUUAAGUUGAGCUUUCCAGAAGUCUUUGUAUCACAAUCCAGAGAGAGCAUAAGAAGCUUAGAUCAAGUACUUGACACAAAUAACGAAGAUACUGGGAUUCCUGAACUUACGAAGAAUCAACUUUGCAUUGAUUCUGGAAACAUAUGGAGAACACUUAGAGACUUUGAUAAUGCCCCCAGCUUAAGACAUCCCUGGAGUAAAUCUCAUUGCCAAGAAAACCUCUUGAGUGUUCUUGGAAUAGAUGCAAAUCAAAAGGACUUUUCAGAGAGCCAGGAUGACAUUUUUGAGGAAUCAGACUUUAAAGAUGAGGACUUCAGAUUUGAUGGAUUCAGUGUUAAUGCCUGCAAAUCCCUGAUCCAGACCAAG